AUGGGAGGGCUUCGUGAAGGAUGGAUUGAGAAAAACAUUCGAACAAAGAAGAGGCGACGGGAGGAACCGGCAGAGGAUGCAGGCCGCUUCCGGAUUCCGGUGUGUUUCGCGGCCGUCGGCGUUUCGCCUUUUUUCGGUUCGGGUUCGAGGCUUGGGUCUGCUGGCGUUGUGCUCGACUUGCUUCGCAUCUUCGCCACAAUCCAACUUUUCGUGCCGUCGGAGGCGGAAACGCUGCACGCCUUCCUUUACCUCGCCACCUUUGGCGUGGCGGGCGCCCUCAUCACGGCGCUCGCGGCGCUGGUCACCAACAAGGCGGUGCAGGCAAAGCUCGAGGCAGGGGCGGGGGGGCCUGGCGUCACCGGCGCGGUCACGGAUCAGCAGCAGCAAAACCGCGUUGGUGCGGGGCCGCAGUAA